CGAGCGGCUUUCCAGAAAGCAGCAACCUGUAACAGGCUCAGCGAUCCUCCCCCUGAUGGAUUAUUUAACAGACGCCGAGUCCCGUGUCGCCAUCUGCUAUAGGAAGAAAGACAAAAAAUAACACGCACACGGAGGAAUACUCUGCGGGGCAAAUGACGUGAGCAAACCGGGCGAAUAAAUCAAUCAGACAACGAUAAGUUAGCGGCACGCAAUACGACUUGCGCAAACAGGUGUUCUGCAGAGAGCGCGCGCAGCGAGCAGGUCGGUUCAUCGCUCAGAGGAAUAACCGUGCGCUUGGGUUUUACCUCAACAUGUGACGCGUCUCCCGAAUUUAAACGCGUCUGAACGGACUUCGCUUUUGAUCACUUUUUGGGGCUCUUUGAUGCGCUGCUUCGGCAACUGACUUUCAACCCGCGAACGUCAACCGAGUGCGAGCGGGAUGAUCUGAAGCUUGGCACACGCAAUGCCGACGCCUUCCGCCCGGUGAACGGGCCUCUCCGGAGGAACGAGUCCCCUCGGGCCUGCGGACGCAGGCGAUGGCGCCGGAGGGGGACGCCGCGCUGCUCGCCGCGAGGCAGGGCGACGUGCACACGCUCAAAUUGCAAUUAGCGCAAAAGGCGCUCACGCCCGAGGUCAGGGACGUGUUGGGGGCCUCGCCGGUCCACCACGCAGCCCGGGCCGGGAAACUAACCUGCCUGCGGUUCCUGGUGGAAGAGGCCGGACUGGAGGGAAACUGCCUGGCCAACAACGGGGCGAACCCGGCGCACGACGCGGCCGCCACCGGCAACCUGGCCUGCUUGCAGUGGCUGCUGACCCACGGCGGAUGUCGGCCACAGGACCGGGACAAUUCCGGUGCCACCGUUCUCCACCUCGCAUCCCGCUUCAGUCACCACGAGAUCACUGACUGGCUGCUGAAGAGAGGCGACGUGGACCCGGCGGCCUCCACCGAUACGGGCGCAGUACCUGUUCACUACGCUGCUGCCAAGGGAGACCUGGCCUCUCUCCGGCUGUUGCUGGGGCACAGCCCGAACGUUGUCAACACCCAAACAAAGAAUGGUGCCACACCGCUCUACCUGGCAUGCCAGGAGGGGCAUCUGGAGGUCGUCCAAUACAUGGUGAAGGUUUGUGGGGCAGAUCCUAGCGUCAGAGCCAAUGACGGGAUGACGCCUCUGCAUGCUGCUGCCCAGAUGGGCCACAACACUGUUAUCGUCUGGCUGGUCAGCUUCACAGAGAUCCGCCUGACGGACAGAGACAGUGACGGGGCCACGGCCAUGCACUUUGCAGCCAGUCGAGGUCACGCAAAGGUGCUCAGCUGGCUGCUGCUGCACGGCGGGGAGAUCAUCACUGACAAUUGGGGGGGAACCCCUCUCCACGACGCUGCAGAGAACGGUGAACUGGAGUGCUGUCAGAUCCUCGUAGUCAACGGGGUGGACCUGGCCAUCAGGGACCUGGACGGUUUCACUGCAGCAGAUCUGGCUGAAUACAACGGCCACUCGCAGUGUGCCAAGUAUCUGCACACUGUGGAGAACAUGAGUGUGGAGCACCGUGUUUUGUCGCGGGACCCCUCAAUGGACCUCGAGUACAAGCAGCCGGACUCGGGCCUCUCGUCCCCAAACACCACCAUGCCCCCCAUCAACCAGGCGGCCCACUUUGACAUCAGUUCGCCGUCCAGCUCCCUGUCCAACUACGACUCUGCCAACUCCAGCCAGUCCAGCACUGGGGAGAAAAGGAGCAGCCUAACAAAGCCACAAGGCGCACUCGCUCAGCUGAACACGGUCGCACACACAGGUGCAUCGGAGUCGGGCAUUACGGACAUGCAGGCGUACAUGGACAUGCUAAACCCCGACAUUGGCUCUGACGUGCACAAGAAGAACGACAUACCUGCUAAUAACGCCUCUAAGCCCCCACCUCCACCUCCACCACCACCACCACCAACCUAUCCACCCCCGCCUCCACCACAGUCACCCCCAGUGCCCCCGCCAGCCCCGACCUACCCAGCACCGCAGCCCCCUCAGGAGCCGACGUCAGCGGAGUUCCUGAAGGUGAAAAGCAGAUUGCGACACGUGGAGAGCACCAGCAGCAAGACGGAGCUGACUCUCGGAGAAAACCCAGACAAACUGCGCCGCGUGGAUUCAAACAGGAGGUCGAGGAGCUUCAGCAAGCAGCCCAGCACUGGGGACUACUACAAGGCCCUGGGCAGCGACUUGGCCGAGUCUGGAGGGAGCAAAAGCAUGGCGCCCAACGAGGAGGGCUCCAUGUUAUUGGAGGAGCCUAGCGACAGCUCCGCCCACAGCGCAAACAACGGCACCCCAGAGGAACCGGCAGCGUCCCCACCCCCCCCUCCUCCACCGCCGCCGCCUCCUCCUCUUCCUGCGAGCAAUCCGACACCAACACCACCUCCACCUCCUCCGUUGCCCCCGGAGACGGCAACCACUCCGAAUUUUUCUGCCAGUAGCACCUCCUCCAACCAGCGACGUCUAUCUUCCUCAUCAGGAAGCACAAAAUCUUUCAACAUGAUGUCCCCCACUGGCGACAACUCCGAGCUGCUGGCGGAGAUCAAAGCAGGGAAGAGCCUCAAGCCAACACCUCAGAGUAAAGGCUACACCACUGUCUUUUCCAACAGCGAACCCACAGGCAACAAUGAAACCGCCGCAUCUCCACCGGAGACCCGCACGUCCAGCCCACCAGCCAAGCCGCCGUCCCCGGCGCCGUCUCCCACGCCUGUAACCUCGCCACCCGCCACCCCGAGUCCCACUCCCAGCGCUACUGGUUCCGGAUCAGCCAGGACCAUGUCGACCUCCGCGAGCUACGAGCAACUGCCCUCCAACGCUGUUCUCAACGGGAACGGCGGCGGGGCGGAGUCGGGGCGGAAGAUGAGCCUCGCAGACGUGGAGGCGCUGGUGCCCACUAACGACGAACAGGGCAAAGCGAUCCCUGAGUGGAAGAGACAGGUGAUGGUGCGAAAGCUUCAGGUCAAGAUGCAAGAGGAGGAGGAGCACAAGCGCAAGGUUGAGGAGGAGGCUGCACGCCUGGCGUCCAUGCCGGCCUGGAGGAGAGACAUGAUGAAGAAGAAAAUGGAUGAGGAGAGAUGUGACAGGGAACAAAAAAAGAAAAUCCGAGCAGCAGGCCAAACAGGUGAAAGAGAUGGAGGAGAAGACGGAGCUGGAGCGACUACGGAACCUGGGUUACGACGAGACCAAGCUGGCCCCCUGGCAGCGACAGAUCAUUCUGAAGAAAGGGGAUUUAGCCAAAUAGUGAAGUGGGCCGUCUCCUCCUCCGACCCCCGUCCUCACACACCGACCCCAAGGCCUUCGCUGAACACCUCCCCGUCCCCGAUCCUCCGCCCUGCACUGUACACUGGACAGCGGGAAAGAGCUUGUCCUCCUCGGCGCCCCGUCUUCAACCUCCAGAGACACAGGACCACGCCUGCCGCCGUCCGCGGCGACUCCGAGGCUCAGCGCGACUCGCCGACCUCCCCUGAAAGUCUCAUUGACACAAACUCUCGGUCUUUUAGUGCUAACAAUAGCUAUGAAAUGCGCUGAUUCUCUUUGCUUUAGACACUUGCUAUAGCUGCAUGGGUCCUUAAAUGAAUUAAACUUCUCUGUAGUUUCUAUACCCUGAAUUAAUCGCAGUCGUUUCCUAUAGAAGAGUUACUGAAACAAAGAGGUUUGUGAUAGAUUGAAAGGGGCUUCCUGUGAGCAUGUCGCCAUGGGUCAAUGCAUGCACCUCCCCGUUAGCCAGACUCACCACUAUGUAAUAAAUGGAAAAGUAGCUCUACUACAGUUGUCAUCUGACGGUGGCUCAGCGAAUGCUUGUUAAAGCCUGAAGCAGCUAAUGCAUUCUGUAUGUAGGAUGCAUCAUAUCGACAUCAUCUUACAUCCUGAGUCGUGGGAUUUUUCUAUCAAGCUCAUUGAAGCACUUUCUAGAUGACUUCAGUUUACUGCCAGAGUUGUAACCCUAAAACUGCUCAAACUAACUCUGUGUCUUUAGAUAAGUGUGUUGUCAUUUGGAAUAUUGGUGUAUAGGAUAUUUUGAAUCACAUAAAAGAUGAUGUAGCUAAUUGAAUUGAAUUUGAGAAAAUAUGACUGGAAAAAUAAACCAACCUCAAUUUUUCUAUAUGUGAGUUAAAUAUUAAGCUAUUGUGGUCAUAAAUUUGAGUUAUUUCAUGCACGCAUAGUGUGUGUAUGUAUGUGUGUGUGUGUUGUAUGUUGUCAUCUGUUAAGCACAUUCGAACCCUGGAAACAACAACACGUGAAGAGCAGCAUCAAUAGGCCUCAUGUGCACACGGUGCAACGGUAGAGAAAAGCCACCAGUUCGUCCCGCGUCCUGUCCCGCGUCCUGUCCCACUAACCUGGAGGAUAAAUCUUUGAUGAGCGGAUCUGUUUACAGAAUAGGGAUUACACUGCCGGACACGGCCGUAACAUUAAAUGUUGAUUUGAUGAUGUCCGCUGUGUACUCAUAGUCUGUGAAGAGUGUGAGGAGUCCACAAACAUCUCAUUAUAACUAGAUGAAGCAGAUAUAGAAAAUGUUCAGUUUCAUUGACAUGUGGGAAGAUACUUCAUGUGAUUGAACUGACCGUUAAAAGGUUAAUGAUAAAGCUAAUUUUGUUCAUAAUUGCUAAACUGCUCCUUCCACUUCCAAUAUUCCUUGGAUUCACACAUUUGCUGGGGUUACGUUUGUGAAUUUGGGGUUAAAUACGGAAAUGGUGGAAUUUAUUGAAUACUAUUUGAAACGUUUAGGAAUAACUAAACUCACAAUCAUGUUGAAUGUCUCUGCUAAUCGUGACACACAAAUGUUCCCACAAAAUGUAAAAUACUGUCUGUUACAUUUAUGUUGGAUGUAGAUUUUUGCAUGGUAUCAAGCUGCACAUCAUGUCUUCAAAGACACGGUCCUGGUUGGGGAAUCGUUUGGAGAGGUUUAAAUUCACUUUCAUCGGAUGCCAUAUGAUGUUGAAAUUAAAAAUGAUGUAAACAUCAUUGCCAUUUGAUUUUCUAUAUAUUUAAACUCUGUAUAUAGUGACCUUCUAAGAUGUUAGUUGUUUCAUUAUUUCCAUAAUGCAAUAUCUCAGCCUUGCUUGAAUAGAAUAUUGGCUAAUCAUGUAUAAUUAUAUUUUCAGACUGAAAAUGACAAGAAUAAAUCUUUAAUCACCAAACAA